GUGUACUUCCCCCUGCUCUGUACAGCUAGAGAACGUUUCUGUACUGCGUGAACGAGUGUAUGACUUGAUGAUUAGAUACUUUUGUUAGAGAUUUAAUCAUUCAACUGAAACCGACCUAAUUUAACGAUAUAUCACCCUUUACAUGUGACUGAGCUGUCAAGGGUGUAUCUGUCCCGUGUACCGUACCGUUUAACUGCAAGCUAGCUGUCCCGCACGGAAGACUCAGCCAGACUGAGAGACUGGUGCCAGCGGACGCAAAACAAAAGCAAAGUGUCUCAGAUGUUCUGACAGGUGUGGUUUAAGGUGUGAUAAGACCUAACCUGGGAAAAAACACAGAAUGAGCACCAACAGGAGAGCUGAAGGUCACUCCAGACCGACAGGAAAAUCACGAAGCAUGAAGUCUGGAAGUGUCAAAAGAGACUCUGAGAGGGACUCUGGAUUCUCAGAUGCUAGUUCUGAACACAUGGGCACUCUGGACCCAACAGACUCUGAAGGUUCCUCUCGCUGGAGAGCGAAGAGGGCAUCACAGCGUCCUGGUUCUGGCUCGGGGUCCAAGCCUUCCCAGCUGGCGCAGGUGGCUGGUUCUUACCCCAACCUCUCCCCCAUGAUCAUUAUGAACAACGUGGUUCUGAAACAGCCUGGUGACAACCCCCCUGCGCUGAAGCCCUGGAGUUUCCCUCCUGCGAUGGAGGUGGUUCAGCCGGUGGUCCAGCAGUCUCAGGUGGUCUUCCUGCAGCCGGUGGUAUCCAACCAAAGCCCCUCCGUCCCUAAGGAAGGCUCAGGAAAACGCAGGCGCCCCAAAAAGUAUCUCCCCAUCCUCAAGUCCUAUCCCAAGAUAGCACCCCACCCUACUGGGGACAACUCUUCAGGAAGAGGCAGUCUCUCCUCCUCUUCCUCUUCUGGCUCUACGAGGAGCCACAGUUUGGCUUCAAGCCACCGGCAGCGCCAUCACAGAGACAAGCAGAGACGUCUUCCUGGCUCUGGCUCGUCCACUCCCAGCCUCCCUGCCACUCCUAGUUCUUGCCUGUCCCCCUCACCGCAGAGCAGACUGACUGUAAGCCUCACAGACUCAAGUGCCGGCAGCAGCCCUGCAAAGGAGUUGCCCCCCCCAGCUGUCAGCAGAUCGGAGUUCACCCCGUCCCCCCCUAUAACUCCUUCAAACCACACUAGUAACCCCAUAACCCAGGACCCCUGCUUUCUGGGCGACAAUUACAAGCACGACCUGGACGGCGACAACAGUGACACAGAAGGUCAGAAGAGAAAACGUUUCUGCAACACCUACAACAUCCUGAGCAAGACGGGCCUCCUGGACAUCACGCUGAGAACCAAGGAGCUGAUCCGACAGAACCGACGCACCCAGAGCGACCUGGACCGUCUGAAGGCAGACACCAGCCUGUUCGUGCAGGCUUUGAAAACAGGAGACCCCAGCAUCUGUGCCAAGCUGCAGACCAGCCUGCAGGAAAUGGAGAGCGAUAAAAACGGGGAGAAAGAGAAUGGGAGGAAUGCCUUGAACGGUUUGGAGUCAUUUCAUGCCUAGUCUAAAACAGGACUAGCAUCCAUCAGACUAAAACGGGUAGAGGUGGGACUAAGGAUUGGGGAUGUUGAUGACUGCUGGAUCGUCAAUAACUGCCUCCAAAGCUCAAUCCCUCCCAGACAGAUACCCUGACCUAUAUACUUCUUUAGACGCUGCAUUCAGCCUUCCCUAUCCCUAAACCAGGCCACUGUAACAGCUGAACAGGAUCCUCUGCUGCUCUCUGCCUUGCUAGACCACCUCCAGUGAAACUCGCUCUGUGAUUCUCAAAGAGUCCUCAGCUCUGCCGUGACUGACUCAUGUCUCCCAGUGAUCUGACCAGGCAGCUGGGGACAACAAUGGAACAUGGCAUGAUGAGUCAAACCUGGUUUUUCUGUCAGCAGGUACUUCCUGUGUCUGUACUUUUGGGUACUUCCUGUGCCCAACUGGUUGUAAAUAAGUCUUUAUUACUGUUUUGGAUAAUUAACAUAAUUGUUCAGAGUCCCCACGGUUGUAGAGAAACUAGAAAAAAUCUGAUAAUUAAAAAAAUUAUUUCUAAGAAUUUGUAAGUCAAGUCAAAUUAUAUAUUUAUUUUACCAAAAGCUUCAACUCGUGUGUAAUACGUAACACCUGUCUGGUGACCAGUUGUGUCAAUGUGAAACAUAUGCUCACUUGCUGAAAAAGGUUUCAAAUAAUGUAAAAGUCAUGAUAAUUCAUUGGUCUGAAGGUGUGGGAACCCUGACUGCAUCAUUGCUAUUCUUAGGUUGUACAUUUUGAAUGGUUGUGUUGUGAAGCACUGGCCGAAACCCGUAGAGAUGAAAAUGUGCUGAAUGCUUUAUUUUUUACUAUGUCCUGAGUGUGUUCAGGGUGAUUAACUUUAUUUAUGAAAAUAAUCUUUUGAAGACAGUGUCAUUUGUAUCUUAUGUAUUUUUAUACCUGGUGAUGUGUGACUUUACACUCACUGGCACAAUAUGCACUUAGUGCAUUCCCAUGCCGAUGGCAGCUGUAGCAUCCAGCAUUUUGAUGUGAUGUGUCUCUACAUAGAUUCACAGUCAAGUUAAGGUAUUCAUACAUUCAUAUAUUCAUACAUCACGUAUGUAUUUGAUGCUGUAUCGGUCCAGGAGGUUAAAGAUUUGAAUCAAGGCAAGACUUUGAGAUGAGUGACACAGGGGUUACAGAGAGCUAACCAGCAUCUCUAAGUUGCUAGGAACCAACAGCUAGUCUUCCAAGGACAUUUUAGAUAAUUGGAUGAGGUUUAUGUUCAUGAUAGUUUUUAAAUGGACAGCAUUUAACCAAUAAAGAAACAAGCACUUAUGAAUCACAAGUUGUGAAUGGUAUUUGGUUUACCGUUACAACAGUAAUUGUCAUAAAUGCUUUAAAUCUUUUACUGCACUGAAAUAUUCACAAAUGAGUUCCGCAACAAAGAGAGGUACUCUUUUUCUCCUUCUUUUGUGUUUUGGUAACUAUGACGAUUCGUUUGAAAGCCAUCAAACUUGCAUUGCUUACGUUAAGCUUGCGUUUCACUCUCGGUUUUUGUACUCGAUGUUCAAGUAGGUGUUUAGCGUGCGGAAUAAAAUAUGUGUACGCGAGACACUCCUUCUUGAAUCUCCUUGAAUUAGCUGAAAAUGCUAUUGGAAGGUAUCUAGAAAGGGUUUAUCUGCCAGUAAAUUGUAAAAGACUUCUUCAGAUUUUAAAUGAGUGAAGGUGGUGCUCAUUUGUACAGUAACAGGAAAGAAUUUACAACAUGGAUGUUUCCUUAAAUAUAUUACACCUGUUACUAUCUGUAAUGUGAUAUAAACAGGUGGUUUGUUUGAUUACCAGAAAACAUUUGCUAUAUGAUUUUUAUUGGGAGUCUCAUAUUUUAAUGUCAACUGUAUUUUAUUGUUACCUGCUUUCUCUUAUCUCAAUAAAAUGUGUGUGUUGAUCAUUUCAAAGUUUCAGUUGCAAAAAAUCUUGUUAAAGACAUGAUCAUCAGAUGGUGUCUUAAUGCUGGGUUUGGAAAAACACUGUUUAUUCCUUAACACAAACUAGGAACUAAACACAAUUUAUCCAGCCAAACAAAUCCAAGCACAUAAUUACAUGACAGUGUAACAACUUACAGUUGUUAGUGUGCUGUUUUGUGAAAGGGCACAUUUUGUACAUUAAAAUA